UAUAGAGUCUCAACUCUUCUUCUUCCUCUUUUUCCUCUUAUUCAUAUGCAGGAAGGAAGAAGCAGUCCUCAUAUAGGAUAUGGAUGCCACACUGCUACUUUUUGUUGGGCUGUUAAUGGCCUUCCUAAACAGAACAGGGGCACAAACAGGUGUUUGUUAUGGAAUGAAUGGCAACAAUUUACCAUCUCCACAAGAAGUUGUGGAUCUAUACAAAUCACGAAACAUCCGAAGGAUGAGACUUUACUAUCCAAACCAAGCAGCUCUCCAAGCCCUCAACGGCUCCAACAUUGAACUCAUAUUGGGUGUCCCAAAUGAUGCCCUUCAAGCCAUAGCCAACAGCACUUCCACUGCAAAUGACUGGGUGCAGACUAAUGUGGUAGCCUACUCGUCUACUGUAAAAUUCUGGUACAUCGCCGUCGGCAAUGAAGUCAGUCCUGUAAAUGGCAAUUCUGAAUAUGUAAACUACGUUCUCACCGCCAUGAAAAACAUUCACAGUGCAAUUUCAGCAGCUGGCUUACAAAUCACAGUGACCACAGCUGUUGAAACUGGACUCCUUGGGACCUCCUACCCUCCAUCCCAAGGUGCAUUCAGGUCAGAUGUGAGUUCAUAUAUAGACCCAAUUAUAUCUUUCCUUUCCGGAAACGGGGCACCACUACUAGCAAAUGUGUAUCCUUACUUCAGUUACGAGGAUAACACAGGUUCCAUCUCUCUUUCCUAUGCCCUUUUUACAUCCACAUCAGUUGUGGUGACAGAUCAAUACAGUAACCUUGGAUACAAAAACCUGUUUGAUGCCAUGGUCGAUGCUCUCUACUCUGCUCUGGACAAGGCAGGUGGUUCCAGUGUUGGAAUUGUUGUAUCGGAGACCGGUUGGCCAACUGCAGGAGGUACCUCAACAACAGCAGCAAAUGCAGAGACUUACAACAACAAUCUGAUUCAACAUGUGAAGAAUGGCACUCCGAAGAGGCCCAAAGCCAUAGAGACUUAUCUGUUUGCCAUGUUCGAUGAGAACCGAAAGAGUCCAGAGGCAGAAAAGCAUUGGGGACUAUUCACUGCAGAUAAACAGCCCAAAUAUGAAAUUGAUUUCAGUUCUUCAGUUCCUACAAAUAGCACUCCAUCCGUAGCAGAUAAGCCAUAUUGCCUCAAUUACUAUAUCACCUUGCAUUUCCCUUCUCCUCUUUAACAUCUAUUCCGUGGUUGAAAGAAACUUGUAAUCCUCCCCCCACAUGUUCUUCUUGCUUAUGAAAGUCUAUGCAACUUUACUUCUUAGAUCUUUGAUUUAGUCAAUGAAAGCUGAUGAGGCCUUUCCAGGAAGGAAGAUUUGUGUUUUAAUUUCGACAAUAGAAGAACUCAAGAAAGUGAGCAAAA